AUGGAGAACGAAUCCUGCUAUGGUGGAGGCGAUAUUGCCGGUGCCAUCUUCGGCACGCUGGUCGCGGUGGUCCUGAUGGCGGUACUGCUCUGGUGGCUCUACAAGAAGAACUACAUCUUCAAGCGUAAAGAUCCCCAGCUGAUGCCGGAAGACCCGGAGGCGACGGCGAAAGGUGACUACGCGUUCGACAAUCCGGCGUUCAAGACGGAUGGAGCUCCGGGGGCCACGAGCGGCAAUGGUGUCGGUGGUGGUGGUGGUGGUGGUGGUGGUGGUGGCGUCCCGGCCAGCAAGACCGGUUCCCCGCUCGAUCCGAGCUGGACCGCGAAGCAGAGUACGAUCGAGAAGCAGCGCAAAACCGUCGACGAUAGCUACGUGAACGUGACCGCACCGCGGCUGGUAUCGCUGCGCGGCUCCGACUUUACCGGGCUGGGCGUCGAGGUGUACGGCGGACUGAAGGAAGGAAUCUUCGUGAAGAAAGUAAUGCCCCAGGGUCCGGCCGCCGGUCUCGUAAACACAGGUGACAGAAUAACCAGCAUCACGAUAGACUUCCGACACAUCGUACAGGAGGACGCUAUGACCAUCCUGAGCUACGCCUCGCCAUACAACGUUCAGCUCGAGCUGGUCGGUGGCACCAGGCCAGUGUUGCCUCAGACGCAGAGCCCGAAACCGGGACAUCAGAGUCUCACGCACCCGCUGUACCGCUCCAGCAGCCAAUCGGACCUCAACACGAUUGAGCGCAACUCACGGAAAAAGCUGUUCCCAAGUGAAGACUCACCGCUGAAGAUGGACAACAAUCGAGCCGGAAGCCCUACGCAGGCCGCGCCCGGAAGCAAGGGACCGUUGCCGACGGUCCACAAGGAGCACGAGCGGGAACCGAAGAAACACUCGUUCAAGCAGCAAAUGCGCGAGAUGAUCGAAGAGAAGUUCCAAACCAAGCACGCCGACGUCGAACGGAAGGCGUCCUCGCCGACGAUGGCUGACGACGUGGGUGCGUCUGCACCGGUCAAGAAGGGCCACAAGUUCGGCAUCCGGGUGUUUCCGCCGUCGGUGAACGAUAAGCUGUUCGGCAAGAGUCCGACGAAGGUGCAGGCCGACAACGAGAACAACACCAACCUCGAGCGGAAGGAGUCGGACGAACAGCAGCAGCAGCACCAGGAGAGCACCCGUCGCUCUCCGUCGCCACCGGAAGUUAAGAAGCGCACGAAGGAGCCGAAAAUGGCGACGGUUCCGGAUGUGGUCGGUGUAGCUGCCACACCGGCCACCUACCAGUUGGAAGCGAUCGGCGAAUUCCAGCGACAGAACAGCCUCACCUCAAGCGGGAUCCGCCGGGAUGCGUCCGGAAUUCCGCAGGAGGUGCCGAGCUUCAUGAUGCAGGCAGCGAACGCAGCACGAGACAAUCGCAAAUCGGGCAACGCUGGUCCAUUUACGAUGGCCAGCAGCAGCGCGGAGGCAGACGCAAAGCGUAAAGGGAAGGCACCGCGUCCGCCGCAUAACGAGGCGCACGAUCUGGACGAGAGCACCGUGACGAUGGACACCAACCUGAGCAGUACGGACGAGGCGGAUGGUGGCAGUGCCCAUAGUCGGAUGCUGCCGAACGGAAGUUUCAGUUCGACGAUCGAUUCCGCAGGUGGCUCCGCGAUUGGGCGCAUGAACUUUUCCGACAACUUUGCCGAAGAGGUCCUGAACUGUACGCUCGACAGCAUCAGCCACAUCGAGCAGUUCAAUGGCGGUGCGCCAGCGAACCGCGGACCGAGCAACAGCUCCACGCCGAAAAGUGACCGCAAAAAGACGUCCUCACUGACGGAAAGCGAGCUCAUGAUGAGGACCAACAGUCUGGAGGAACUGCACAACGGCCAGCACCACGAUAAUGAAUCCGACGUGGAGCAGGAGCAGCGGAAGAUAGUGGCCCGUGGCAACAAGAUCGAGCUGAACGCGAGUGACAUCAUCGUGCACCAGAGUUCCCCAAGUCCGACGCCACUGGCGGCUAGCGACGAGACCAGCGAGGAGGAACCGCAAGACGACAGUAACCGACGUACGGCCAGUUUGGGUGACCUCUCGAAGCUGGAACCACAGAAAUCGGCUACCGGCAGUGCCAGCAACACCCUCGAGCGGGCUCAAAGUUUGGAGAUCACGGGCGACUCGGCCACGACCACGGUGACGAUUGGGAAUGGUGCGGACAAUCCGAUGUCCGAGGAAGCGAACGCAUUGGUCGAUGCGAAAGAGAUGGUCACCACCGACGGCCUUAGCUCGCUGCAGCGCAAUCGUUUGAAGGGUGCCUCCGCUUGGGGCAAUCUCGAGGAUGCGAUUAACUACGGCGAGCUGCUGGUAUCCAACGGAAACGAUGCCGAUCGCGGAGACGUGGUUGUGGUGAAGGAGAACGGUUACACCGCUGGUGUGCGGCAGCCACUGGUCGGUGGCACUCAAGCGAUUAUCGUGGCCGAAGCAAAAAAGAUCGACGUGUCCAGUGGUGGCACUACGACGCUAAUCGUGCAAAGGGCCGCCGAAGACCAAGCAAGACCAAGCGAGGAGCACGUUUCGCUGACCACCAUCGGGUCCGGCUACGGCCGGGAUCUGGAAUCGCCCGAGUCGGAUCGAGAAGAACAGCAGCCAGCAUCGGUAACGAACCACCUGGUUAAGAUCACUGGCGCACAGUACGACACCAACAUUCCGGACGACGUUAAGGUGUCCCGCUAUCCGUUCGGUAGUCUCGAGCGCCCAAAGUCGGACGUGCUGAAGAAGCUGCUCGGUCAGAAGGAAGAGCUCGAGAAUACCCCGUCUGUGUUCAUCUCGGCCGAUGGUAGCGCCGGGGAGCACACCGUGAGCAAGAUCCGUAUCGAGGGUGGCCACCGCCCGGUAGAUGCCGGAGAACCGAUCAGCUUGACACUGAUCAACGCUCCGGAAUCCGCGAUGUCCGAUCAAACCGAGAGCAGCCAACCGUCGCCGGUGUUUACGAGCAACACGAACGGUGUUAGUAGCAUCAACAUCUCGUCGCUGGAAUACGACGAUCAACAGCAGCGAUCGUCGACCGCCAUUAAUGGCUUCACGGCGAUGAACGGGAUGAUACCGAAGUUCUCGCUGAGCGACAACAUUGUCACCAUCUCCGGUUCCGGUGGUUCCGGUUCGCAGCCAUCCUCGAUCAUCAUGAUCGACGACGAGAAGCUCGACUUUAGUCUGCAGACCCUGGACGAUUUCGACGAUCCGCUGGUCGACGAUGGUGGAGUACCGCCGUUCGGUGCACCGAUGCCACCACCGGACUUCUCCAACGCCCAUACGCCCAAUGCCUCCACCGCCACCGCCGCCGCCGCCGCCGUCGCCGUUGAACCAGUAAUGCUAGUUGUGGAGGCGAGCGAACGGAGGCCAGCAGGAGAGCCGCCGUUACCGCCGCAGCGCAGUUCCAUCACGAUGAAUCGGCGAGGCAGUGGAGGAGCCCCGCUGACCAACGGCUCCGCAGGAGGCGGAUUCGUCACGGAGAUCACGCUCAAGCCGGUGGCCGGCCUAGCGGCGGAGCCAGCAGCUUCUCAGCCCACCGCGGCGGAACGAUGCACUCCACCACACCAGAAUGGGCUGAUAGUUGGCAGACAGGAAUCGGAUAGCCCCGCACAGCAGCACGCUGCCCCACCCGGGAAGCCACCAAUAGUGACGAAGAAACCGCCCAAACCGGACAAUAAACCGACCACACCACCGUCCCGGAUACCGGUCGAGCGGCGCAUGUCCAACGAGCACAGCUUCAUACCGCGCAACGCGGAAAUUAAAUUCACCACCGCGACGUACGAGUCGCCCUCGUCGGUGCCGCGGACACCACCGACGCGCCCACUCGGCGUCGACCAGAUUCGGUCAAACUUUGAGCGCUCCAACUCGAAGACGGAAAUUCCGGUCCUGAUCCGACGUACCUCCAUCCCGUCGAUCAGUCUGUCUCACGGUGGCGGCAGCCACGGGCAGGCAGGCGGCUCGAUGAGCAACCUCAGCUCGAUCGCUGGCCAGCAGCAGCCAGGCAACACCAGCACCAAAGCGAGCCCAUCCCGGAUUCCGGUGUUCAACUCGGCGGCCGGCACCAAGUUUGGUUACCAAGACGCGAACGGGGGACGGUCACCCCCACCGGCCUCGGCAAGCCCAACCACGAACGGGGGUGCGUCUCCGCAACAUCAGCAGAACUACCACGCAUCACCACCAGUCACAACCAACGGUCACCACAACCACCAUCAUCACAACAACAACCAUCAUCUGGUCAGCAACAACAAAGUGUCCGUCAGCAUUACCUCGAUCAAGAACCAGGCCAAACAUCCGAGCGGUAAAUUUUAGCUCCAGCUGGAGCAGGGAUCGGAACCGGCCGGACUUAUCUCGGGAGCGCAGAACGUGCGUGGUCCGCGCUCUCGAAGGCAUUACCCUUUAGUAUAAUUACGAGGUUGGCGAUUAGCAACCCGUUUGGCCGUUUGGUUAUGUAGUUUUCUUUUUUGUUCGAUAAAAUGGUAGCCGCUGGCUGCUGGAUGGUGGGCAGAAUUGCACGUGAGCAGGAACCCAUCCUGGCCGCGCACACGACACGUUACUUUCUGUCCACACCGGGGAAUUUAUGUUUGUUUUUUUUGGCCAUAUUAUCUCUUAGAUCGUAGGGUCGUGCGUCUGUCCUUAAGUGCUUCUGAGUGGCUGCAGUUCGUUGCAGUGUAACGCGUCACGCCUUAGCAGCGCAGUGACGGUGCGAGUGUAUUUGCUAGUUUUUAACCAUAAUUUAGCUCGAUCCUCCCCGCCCAAAGCAAGAAUAUCAUUCCGGCAACGGGACAGGAGCGUGGUAAGCGUAGCUUGUUCUACAUUCAACUUUAUUCCGAUUCCGGCCUCGAAUACAUCUAUGGAUGUUGUUCGGGGACAGGCUCUGUUCAUCCAAAAAAUGAUCGUCACACGUAACCUUAUUCGGACAUACGCAACGCAUGUUAUCCAAAUCUAUGUAUAUAUAACUCUAGUAGCUGACCGGAAUGUUCCGUGAGGCAUCACCAAGUAUGUACCGCAAACUCCUUAACGGCACCAUAAUACCGACCGUUUACUCUUCUUGGGCUUCUACAUGUCCAAACGGAGGGGUUAUAAUUUUCGCGGAAACAUUCGAUCGGUCACUCACCAACGGCCUACAGCAGCUCGAACUAUUGUUUUGUGGUCUGCACAAACACCGGAAGCACUACGCGGACAAUUGAGUGUAGUAAGUAAAAGAUUGUAUCAUAAUCAUAAGCGGGAAAAACAGAACCUGCUCACGGAUGGUGAUCGUCGUGGCAAAAAAUAAAAUCGUAACAUCAACCGUCGAUCGACCGGCGACAAAUCGUCAUUUCGCCCAUCUAAGCACAUAUUGCUUCAUGAAACGAACAUACGAUCACCGCGACCAAACCGCGGGAUUAUUCUCCAACCUACCAAGUGGUAAUAACAUACAGAAAAAUAUAAUUACCCUUUUCCGUCGCUUUUCGUUUAUCUAUUUUUAUCCGAGUUUAGGUGCCUAAGUUUAUUCACAACAUGUUUGCGAAUGUUUGAAAAUGUUAAAUAAAUACUUAUCGAUUGGUAACA